CUUUGGUUUUACAGCUGCGGAAAUAUACGCAGAGUUGACGCCGCCAGAGAGUGAGCUAGGACAGGAAGGAAACGAGGACAGACUCAGAGAGACGUGGAGACGGAGGGGAAAACGGCAGAUGAGGGUCAAUGGGGCUUUCCAUUGUGUAGGAUCAGAAAAAGUGCGGAGGGAAAAGAAAUCUGCUGCCGAAGCCAGAUCAUACAUCACAGAGAGAAAAGCGUGAGUGAGGUAGAGAUUAACCAGAGUGUGAAGGGAAACCAACGAUUUCAACUUCUACACACAAACGGAGGACUGUGAUCAAAUGUGCUACUAAUGGCAAAUAUGAAUUGCACAGAUAAGCAAAAUUCAAUUAAAGAUGGAAGGUGCUGUGACCGCUGUCCCGCAGGAAAGUUCGUAGAAGAAGAUUGCAAUGCCACAAAUACGACAAAGUGUAGUGAUUGUCCAUCAGGGUCGUUCACAGACGAGCUGAACUACCUGAAAAAAUGUAUUCCCUGUCAAACCUGCAUUAAAAACAGUUUGAAGGAGAGACACUGCACAACUAAGACGAACACAGUUUGUAAGUGUAAGGAAGGUUUCUACUGUAGUGAGGAAAAGUGCAACCACUGCGAGCCCUGGACCCUGUGCCCUGUGGGUGAAGGAGUUAAAAUUCAACCUACUCCAACAACAAACACAGUCUGCGCUCCGUGUGGAAAUGGGACUUACAGUAACAUCACAGAUUAUUCCUCAUCCUGUAAACUGCAUUUCAGAUGUGAGGACUAUGGACUUCAGCUAAAAACUCCAGGAACCUCUACAACUGAUGCCAUCUGCCAAAACUUUAAAUCUUAUUGUUCCUGGAUACUGCCUGCAGGCCUGUGGGCUGGACUUGUGUUGACUGUAGUGGUCCUGGCUGCUUUCAUCUUCUGGAGAAGAAAGCGCAGAUCCUACAGAGCAGGUGUGCACAACACGCCACGUGUGGGUAGAACCAGUGUUCCCGUUACCGUGGUGGAGAUUGUUCCCAAACCACUCAUUCCUCCACCAGAGCUGCCGUCUCACUGCCAAGAGAGCUGCAAAUUACCAUUUUGUCCUUCAGAUGAUACUCAGAUCAUCCGCAGUAUAGAGGACAGCUUGGGCAGCAGCCUUCCCAUAACGCCGCUGAAAGUCUCAGUCUCUUUUGCUGAAUGCAAUCGCACCAACGACAGCUCAGGAUACUGCACCAGCAAAUUCUUCAGGUCGUACUCGGAGCCCCAGGAGGAUGAGUGGUGUGGGACAUAGUGACGACCAAGAGCAGGACACUGAUGGAGCCAUUCCUGGCUCAGAGAUAUUGCAACUGCUGUUCUUAAGCCUGGAGAAGAUUUCACUGACAGUAGAGUUUAGUGUGGCUGAUAGUUUGCUGCCACCUGCAGGACUUUGGUGAAAACUUCAGAUUGUGUAAAGAAAUAUUUACCCUAAAAGCUGAUAGUAAGUGAAAACAGCAGAAUCUGUGGCUUAAGAGAGAUUCACCUCCACAUAACAGGAAAAAGCAAAAUGCUUAUAGUAAAAACACUGCCUUGUAUAAAUUAUAAAGGUCUUUGUCGUGGACUUCCCUUGUUCUUCAAAUGCCAGGCAACAUGCUCCUUUGUUACCGUCAAACAAUCCCUAAGUGAAAAACAGAUGUGAGGAUGUGGAUGAGGCACUGAAUGAAAUUUGUUUUACUUGACCUAUGAUUUGUAACUGGAAUAAUAUUUUAUUAUAAUAAUUUUAUAAUAUUUUGUUCAAAAAUCCCUCAAAGACAGUUUCAAAGAUUCUGUGAAACUGUUGAAAUGGGAUUAUUCACAAGUCAUCUUAAUAUUGUAAUUAAUAGAAAACAGUACUAAAGCUACAUGUUGAAUGUGAUGCCUUUUUUAGAUUUAGAGAAAUAAAACAAAUCUAUGAAUCUAA